CCCUCGACGGGGACGACCAACCGCCGCGCCGUCCUCCCAAAACCCACAAAAAUGACGACCACCGCCACCUUCCUCCCCCUUCUCCACCCUCCCGGCUUCCGCCCCAAACCCGCCCUCAGGCCCCGCCUCCGCCGCCUCUCCCUCUCCGUCUCCCCCUCGGGACCCGACGAGAUCCCCGCCGACGACCCGCCGGUGCUCCCCUCGAUCCUCAUCAAGAACACCGAGCCCGAGGACGUCGCGCGCCGCCGCAGCUGGGUCGAGCACGGGUGGGCGCCCUGGGAGGAGCUGAUGAGCCCCGAGGUCGCCUUCGCGCGCCACAGCCUCAACGAGGGCGAGGAGGUGCCGCUCACCUCGCCGGAGUCCCUCGAGGCCUUCCGCAUGCUCACCCCCGCCUACCGCGACAAGGUGGAGUCCGAGCCGGGAUACAUAGAACGCCUUGUCGCCCCGCGACAAACGCCUGAGCCCCUCGAGACAACGUGGGCGGGCGAGCUCCCGCUGCGGCUCGUGCCGCCGCGGGACUGGCCGCCGCCCGGCUGGGAGGUGGACCGGGACGAGCUGGAGUUCAUAAGGGAGGCUCACAGGGCGGCCUCGGAGAGGCUGGACAUGGCGGCGGCGGCCGCAGGGGGGGUGACGAACGUGCGGAAGGUGGAGGACGGGCCGCAGGAUCUGGCGCUAGAUAGGUACAAGGUGUUCCUGAAGCAGUACAAGGAGUGGGUGGAGGCCAAUCGGGAUAGACUGGAAGAGGAAUCCUACAAGUUUGAUCAGGAUUACUACCCUGGUAGACGGAAGAGAGGUAAGGAUUACCGAGAAGAUAUGCUUGAACUUCCAUUCUUCUAUCCUGGACAGAUAUGUCGCGGCCAAGUGAUAUCUAUUCACCUCCACCAAGGAGCUUUUGUGGAUAUCGGUGGUGUCCAUGAUGGGUGGGUACCCAUAAAAGGAAACGAUUGGUAUUGGAUCCGCCAUCACGUCAAACCCGGCAUGAAAGUCUACGUGGAAAUUCUGGCCAAACGAGACCCAUAUCGUUUUCGCUUCCCACUUGAAAUGCGCCUUGUAUAUCCUAACAUUGAUCACCUAAUAUUUAAUAGAUUUGACUUUCCACCAAUAUUUCACCGAAAGGAGGAUACCAACGAAGAGCAGUUGUGGCGGGAAGGUGGAAGACCGCCCAUUCCGAGGAAAAAGCCUUUGAAAGACAUGGAAAAAGAACCUUUGGUGUCAGACCACCCCUUUGUUGAAACGCUUUGGGAAUGGCAUAAUGCUGAGCAGAUGAUUUUGGACCAUGAGGAUGAAAAUCCCGAUAAGUUCAAGGAUACAACAUAUGAAUCAACAGUUGACAUGUCCUCAUUUGACGAAGACAAUAGAGUUGAAUACACUGAAGCACGUGUCAAAGAAACAACGCUUAAAAUGAAAGUUCUGAAUGUAAAUAUCAAAGAACUCGAUCUGGAGGCUGCUCGUGCUGAGCGCCAGGCGAUAAAAAAACUAAAAGUGGAAGCAGAGGAAAGAGGAGAGGAGUACAAAAUUGGGAAGCUCCGGCGGAACAAAGAAAUGGAUGAGUAUGAUCUGCUGCAAUGGCGUCGUUCUUUCGAGGAAAGGGAAGCUCUUCUCAGAGACAUAUGCUGUCGGAAAGCCCUUGGUCUUCCUAUCGAAGAGCCCGGGCGAUAUGACGUGGAUGAGACAGAGGUCUAUGGGAAGGACUACUACGACCCGUCGAAGCCGAUGUACCGCUACGACUACUGGGGUGAGCCCAAGAACACCGAGAAGACCAAGCUGGAGAGGGACGUGGAGCUCCACAACCAGCAGAUUGUCGGAGACGCGAAGAAGUGGUGCGAUAUUUCGUACGACGACUAUGUCCGGAAGAAGGUGCGUGCAGAAGCUGCCGAAGCCAGGGCGAGGCAGAUGAAGGCGUUGGAGCCACAGGAGGAGGAAGAGGUGUACGACGACGGGAUGGACGUCGACUUCGAGAAGAUGAUGGAUCCUCUUGCCCCUCACAACCGUUUCUACGUCACGAAAUGACAGGUUAGACAGCGCAUAGCCUAGAGGUUUAGAUGUAGUUCUUCUGUCUGUGCAGGAGAUGUGAAUAUUUGGUAGCUUUGAGCCUGCUGAAAAGCUGUAGUUUUGACACUCGUGCCUAUGUAUGAUGGCUUUCCCUGAUCAAUGGAAACGCAAAGGAGAUAUUUUGGGACAAGACAAUU